UCCUGUAGAUUAGUGUAUUGUAUUAGUCUAUAAUGUGGAUAACCUACAUCAUCUCCAUCAGACGUUAUGCAUUAUAGAAAGGGUCCUAAUUAAUGUAUUAAAUUGUGGUAUUAAUUAACAGCCUGAGUUAGAAUUAUGCUAAUAAUUAACAUUAUUAAUAAUUAACUGUAACUCCCCUAUGUAAAACCUUUCAGGACUAGGUAUAAAAGUCAGACAAAGAUCACAGGGGUGACUCUUGGUUACACAGGGCUUUUAAUGGAAUUAAGGUAUCUUUAUCAGACAAUAAUGCCUUUUUUUAAACAGUACAGAGUAGAACAGAGUAGUGUGUGAAUUUACAAGUGUAGAGUGAAAGAUGGGUCAUAUUUCUAGCUCAGCAGGUGACGCUGCAGCCAUAAAAUUAUCUUCAUUGUGACUUCCUUGGUACUUUCACUUCAAAGCAUGUCUUUCUCUUUAAUGUGUGUGAUAACCACGGGAUGGGUGACUCCCAGCGCCAGUUAACGGCGCUACUUUCUUUUAAAAACGGAUCCCAGAGAGCUGAACCGGUGUGCAAAGAUGUACAUAAUUCUGCUUUUCAUUUACCUGGGAGGAACCACAUUACCAUUUGUGAAAUGUUUCAGUGAUGGCAAUUUUGAUGGCUAUCAAGAUGUGUGUCAGUCAAUGGCAGUUGAUCAUGAUGGACAGCCCAAUCAGAAUCCAGCAUCAAAUCCUUUUACAGUUGUUCCUGAUUAUGUUGAUGUCACAGUUUUGCCAACAGUUGUUACUGUGUCCCUCACAGCUAAUUCAGCGAGUCAACCUUUCCGUGGCUUCAUGUUGGAGGCAAGAGAAACUAACGAUGGUCCACCUGUGGGUGUAUUUUCUUUGUUGGACUCAUCCAUCAGCAGACUCCAAAGCUGUAACGGCGCUGCUGGUAGUGCUGUCACACAAAUUGAUAACCAAGAUAAGACUGCUGUAACAGUCUCAUGGAGUGCUCCUAACACUGGACGAUACUACUUCAGAGCCACAUUUGUUGAGAACUUUGAUAUUUUCUGGCUUAGAAAGGAUAUAUCCCCACCUACAACAACUACAACACCCUUUACAACAACGUCAACAUCUUCAACACCCUUUACUACAACAUCAACAUCUUCAACACCCUUUACAACAAUGUCAACAUCUUCAACACCCUUUACAACAACGCCAACAUCUUCAACACCCUUUACAACAACGUCAACAUCUUCAACACCCUUUACAACAACGCCAACAUCUUCAACACCCUUUACAACAACGCCAACAUCUUCAACACCCUUUACAACAACGUCAACAUUUUCAACACCCUUUACAACAACGUCAACAUCAGCACUUACCACUGUAACUUCUGUACCUAUCUCCACGCCUCAACCAGAUCCAACUACUGUAACUGAAGUCACAUCAGCAACAUCUGUACGUGCAUCAACACUGGCCAUUUCUUCAACAGAUACCACUGUUGCUUCUACACAUGCACUGCAUUCUGCCUCUACCCUACUAUCAGGUCCCACAACCAUAACUGAAGUCAAAUCACUGGUACCCACCUCUACAACUGAUCCUACAACAUCUUCAGCAUCUUUAGGCAUGUCAACAAAGGGCUUUUCCUCUAUAGACACCACUGUUACCUCUACACAUGCACUGCAUUCUGCCUCUACCCAGCUAUCCCACCCCACUACUAUAACUGAAGUCACAACUCUGGUGCUCACCUCUACAGCUGUUCCUUCAACAUAUACAGACACUACUUCAGCCAAGUCAGACCUAUCUGUGUGUAAGCCUGGGAGUGACUGGUCUUUAGUCCUGCUAUUGGCCACCUAUCUGUCACUUGUUGAGGGUUUCCCUUUCCUGAUGAAACACAGAAAGCAAAGAAAUGUUGUUGUGAUGCAGGUUUCUUCUGUUCUUUCUUUGCUGUUUUCAUUAGUGGCUUUCAUCAUCUCACUGAUACUCACUGAACUGGUUGCAGCCAAAGUUUUGACAGGACUGGCAGUGUUUCUGAGCUUGUGCCAAGUGAUAGUGAUAUUUUCGUUCUGUGGACCAAGCCAUGAGUUAAGGAGACCACUGUGCUGGGCCUUUGGACUGCUUGCAUUUGCAAACAUUUGUUUGACAACGGCUGCCAUAUUUGUUGGGUUUGUGAAGUGUAAGAUCUGUUUAUGGCUACUCAUUGUGAUGGCAGCAUAUCUGGCAUUUGACUUGCUGUUCUACAUGCUGUGCUUGAUUUUUACAUUUAAGAAGCCUGGACAAAUCAGUCAGAGGAUUUCUUUCAGGUCUGUGUGCCUUGUCAUCUUAACACUGGGGAAUAUAGCAUUUACAGUAGCACUUACCACUGGAAUAUUUUUGUGUAACUACGGUACAAUAACAACAUAGCAGAGUAGUGGAAAUAUGUGAUGAUUACCUAAAAGACUUUGAUUCCAUGAUAAUUUACCAUUUUACUUUUGUUUUCACUUUCAUUAAGUCAUGGCUGUUUUGCAUUCAUUCAACAGUUAUUCAUUUAUUCAUGUAAAGUCUUUCAUAUACACUGUACUGCACUUCUAACUACCCCACUGUUAUUUCAAGGAUCAGGCCAAUAAUUUAUUUUUGUACAGACAUAUGUUAUUACAUAAUUAUAUUAUUUAUAGAUUUUUUUACUUUUUAAAAUCACAUACAAAUUCAAAUGACUGUGGAUCUUUGUAAUUAAAGGUGACAUAUACAACAUUUUAAACUUUAAUAUAGCAGCAGGUAGACCGACAUAGCCCACUGUAGUCAUGCGUCAUUCUGUAGUCCGCCGAUAUGCAAAUAUUUGGAGCCCCGACUCUAAGCUCGAUUUCUCUAUGGCUAGAAUGAAAGGUGUUUACAAAAUCAUCCCUUUGGCACCCUGUGUUAAAUUAAAAAUGUUCAGAACACAGAUUUCAUAUGCAUUCAGUCUGUAUGGAAAUACGCCACCACACAGCCAAAGCGUGUUUAAGGAGGCUGCCAGUCUAAUGACACCAAUUCAGUGCGCGGUAGCGCUAGCUUACAUGUAGCUGUAUUCAUAUUUCAACUCUUUAACGAGCUCAUAAUUCAGAGGAUCCAGUGAUAUUCUAGAGAAGAAUGUUCACAGGACAAAACGUGUCGGGUUCCGAACAUUUUUAACAACGUGGUUUACAUCAAAUCUCUGAGAAAUAUAUCGUUUUACACAUCACUCAGAUGUGUAGCUAAUACAUUAAUGAUUUAAACGAGGUGAAAUCCGCUGUCCUUCCUGAGAGCGUGGCAUGUAUUCCUCUCAGAGAGUGGCAUACACCACAUGCGACCGGACUAGUGGCUUGUUAAACGCCAUUUCCUUUAACGCCAGUCCACUGAACGCUUCUACCCUCUCUCUUAAAUAUUUACAAAACCGCGAGUGUUUAUGCUUGUUAUGCUCAUGCUAUGCUCAUAUUUGAAAUAGCAUUUUAAAGCAGUUUAUUUUGCACUGUAAGGUCCUGACUACGCUUAAAGUAGGAUGUUAGUAUUAAGAUAUUAAACAAACCAACAUGACUGAGGUAGGACCGUGUCCACCAUAUUUAUACUGCCUAAUUAUCGGUGUCAUGAAGGUCUGAGAGCACUUUGUUUGGAUUUGAGCUAAUGGUGGUAAAUAGCUGAGCUGCAGUUAUGUUUUUUAAUAAAGCCCAAACUUUUCUUCACAGCACUUUUUUUAUAUAAACUGAAUGUUGACCACCAACUAAAUGACUGAUAUAUAUAAAAUUUGCAUUCCUUGUCUUACAUCAUGAGAGUGAUGACUUCAUAUUUUAUCUACUUAAUUUCAAUAACUGACAGGUUGUUCAAGUUGUGACUUCUGGUACAUUAUGUCUACUUUUAAAGUGCUUUAUUUGGUAGGGGCACAAAGUUGGUACUUUUUUUUUGUGUGUGUGUGGGUAGAACAUGUGAAACCGUGUCACUACUUGAAUGUCAUUGUUGAUGCCAGUAAAUGUACCUGAAGCAUUUUCUCACUUGUGCCUAUAAAUAAGUAGAACAAAAAAAAUUGGUAGACAUGAUAUAUUGUGUCUUUGAUCAGCAGCAAAAAAAGCUGUAAAAUACCAAAUAACCUAUAACAGAUAAGUGUUUCUGCAGAGCUUGUAGUGCUACUGUUUAUUGUUUAUUAAAGGUGUUUGUAAUAAUUAAA